CUAUAAAAGGUUAGUAAUGUAAGCAAUUGAAAGGAAUAGUUCCAUACGUUUUGAAUUAUUUAGAAGUUUUUGAUGCGGAAUUUCAAUAGCAAAAUGAAAUAUUAUCUUUGCUUGAUUGUGUUGAUCGCUUUGGGUGUGGCUUCCGUAAAAGCUAUUGCUGGUCGUUCGGCUUGUCGUGACCCGGUAGAAUUAGGACAAACUUAUCCCCAUCAAUGGGAUCCGACCAAGUACUGGUUUUGCGAGAAACCUAACGAAAAUGCAUUGGAAAUGGAUUGUCCAAAGGGUGAAGCGUACAUGCAUCAUUUAAAAACCUGCAUUCCUUGGCCUAAUUGGAUUUGGAAGAAGCCGGAAGAUCCACCAACUUUGGCUUAAGGUCUUCUUAUCUCAACUUGUUUUAGGCUUCCUAACAAACUGAAAAAACAAAAAACUAAAUAAACUUGACAAUGGAUAUUUAGAUCGUUCA